AUGGCUCGUUAUGCAAAACUAGCCCAGAGGAGAAUAUUUCAAAAUCAACUAUGGCAUCCAAAAGAAAUGAAUAACAAGAUUAUUGCAUCGAUACCGGAUUUUCUUGUCUAUUUAGAACAAUUAAAAUGUCUACAAGCUGAAAACGUUCAAGAAACAAAUGAUUCAUCUAAUCUAAUCAACAUCAUCAUGAAUGGUGUGAAAAGUAUAACAGACAUGAAAAAUUUAAAUCUCUACCUUCAAGGUCAAAUAGGCAGUUCUAUCGAUCCCAAAGGAUUACGUGGUCAACUAGUCAGUAGGACAUUGAAUACCUUAGAUGUAUUACAGCAUAUUAUAUUGGAUAUCCGUCGGGAGAUUAUAACCCCGUUAUAUCAAAUUACACCAGGUUGUGAAACACAGCAACAAGUGGAUAAGAAGUCGACAAUUAAAGUCACUAUUGAAAGAUUAUUCAAUGAGUUAAAUGCUGAUGGGAAGAAUGAAUAUAUAUCAAUGUCAAGCGACAGUAUUCUCGAAAUUCCAUUGAAUCUACAGUAUAGUAUAAGAGAGGAAUAUUUUGAAAAGUAUGGUUGGAUGCUUUGCCUAACAACAAGUGUAUUAAAUAUUUUGAAUAAAAUUGAUUUUGAUAUUGAUGAGUACUUUCAGCUGGGAUGUAUAACUGAUAUUGUCAGUAAGAUGAUGAGUUGA